AUGCUGGCGUGCGAGCUGUGCGCGGAGGUGUUCACGCUGCCGGCCGCCUGGGUGCGCCACGUGGAGGGCCACGCGCGCGCCGACCACACGCACGCGCGCAAGCGCAAGCAUCGCUCCGCGAGCGAUGACACCGAAGAGACGAUGGCACUACUUCGCUGCGAUUUGUGCCAAAAGCACUUCCCCAACCCCGCCGAGUGGGUACGCCACGUGCAGAGCACCCACACUGAAACAGAAUUGGCCAUGUCAAACAACAGUGCCCCACCAAAACGUCACAAUCGUUUCACAGAGGGCGCGCAAAACAAGACUUGCUCGCACUGCAAGAAAACCUUCCCGUCUCAUGCCUCCAUGCUCAUACACAUGAGGACGCAUACAGGUGAGCGUCCGUUCGUAUGCGGGCUGUGCAACAAAGGUUUCAACGUGAAGUCCAACUUGCUGCGGCAUCUCCGCACGCUACACGACCAGAUCAUCAGCCCCGCGCUCGUCGAGGGCGAGGCCGACGACGAGACCGAGGGCCCGAGCGAGGUGAAGCGCGAGUCCUGAGGCCGCGGGGGGGCGGGGCGGCGAGGCCGGCGCGCGGUGCUGCCGCGCAAGCAGAGCUACUCGCUGUUCCUCAAGCAGCGCGCCGUGCUCUUCUCCGCCAAGAAGUGGAAGCAGUAGCCGGGACCCGAGCCACGACACGAGUGCCGCCGGACCGGUGUGGGGGUAACGAUUGCUUGACUUUUUGUGAAUUGACGCCGUUAUGAUAAAUUAAAGACUACUUGCUAAUAGAAAAACCUCAAUUUUAUUGAGGAUGAAAAUCCAAUUACAAUAGUUUAAACUCCAUCGCUGAAUUAUCGGUCCUACUCGCACGAUGAUUCAGGCCAGCUUUAAGGAAUCGAUCAAUAUCAAAUGAGGAGUGUCUUUUCACAAGGGCUUAUUUCUCUAUGGAAACCAUACAAAAAUAAGCCCUUUUGAAAAGAUACUCCUCAAAUAGUUACAAAUCGUGUCCAAUCUACAGUUAUUGCGAUUCCGCUGAUGUGAAAGUAAACAUGAAAAUUUUCCUGCAGCUAAGUAUGAUAUUCAUCUUGAUUAAGAUUGAGCAUUUACUAUUGCUUACUUUAAAUGUUCAAACAAAAAUCGGCGUCACAUUUGAAGCAAGUUGUCUUGUCAAGUUACCCAAUACCGGCCCGGACGAGACUUCAUUUUGAUUUCUAUCUCUCUGAGUUUGUUAUCAAAAUUCGUAGCGUCGCGGUCAUCUGAACUACGCUCCGUUCCGCCCUCCUUGUGUUUACCAUUAUUUAUAUAAGAGUGUAUCGUUUCUUUAAUCCUAGUCUUAUGUAUUAUGUACCAUACACAGAUUUAGGUUGA